GGGAGGCCGAAAGUUUCUCUGCCCGCCGCGUCCAGCCGGCCAGCGCCGCCCGCGGAGUCCCGCGCCGCAGGAUCGUCCGGCCCGACAGCCCUGGAGGAGGGAAGACUGGGACACACCGCAGAACGCCCGGGAAAGCAUCUCCAGUUAGCCCCGAGGCGCCGGGGGCAGGUCUGCACCUCUCCCGGGCUGGGUGAGGAUUCUGCUAUGACUGCUGUCCCCUCGUGGAGCCCGGACUGCUCCUCGCCGCCCCCGCCAGGCCAGGCCACCGCCCCGCCCCGUCCACCCCGGGCCCCGCGUCGCCAUGGGCAGCGUCAGUAGCCUCAUCUCCGGCCACGGCUUCCACAGCAAGCACUGCCGGGCCUCGCAGUACAAGCUGCGCAAGUCGUCCCACCUCAAGAAGCUCAACCGCUGCUCCGACGGGCUGCUGCGGUUCGGCUUCUCCCAGGACGCGGGCCAUGGCAAGACCAGCUCCAAAAUGGGCAAGAGCGAGGACUUCUUCUACAUCAAGGUCAGCCAGAAGGCCCGGGGCUCCCACCGCCCCGAUUACACCGCGCUGUCCAGUGGGGACAUGGGGGGCCAGGCCGGGGUGGACUUUGACCCUUCUACGCCCCCCAAGCUGGUGCCCUUCUCCAGUCAGCUGGAAAUGGGCUCAGAGAAGGGCGCAGCGAGGCCCACGGCCUUCAAGCCCGUGCUGCCGCGGUCAGGAGCUGUCCUCCACUCUUCCCCUGAGAGUGCUGGCCACCAGCUGCACCCCGUCCCUCCGGACAAGCCCAGGGAGCCGGAGCUGAAGCCGGGCCCGUGCUCCGGGGCACUGUCGGACUCGGGCCGGAACUCCAUGUCCAGCCUGCCCACGCACAGUACCAGCAGCAGCUACCAGCUGGAUCCCCUGGUCACUCCCGUGGGGCCCACCAGCCGCUUCGGGGGCUCGGCUCACAACAUCACCCAGGGGCUCGCCCUGCAGGACAGCAACAUGAUGAGCCUGAAGGCUCUGUCUUUCUCCGAUGGGGGCAGCAAGCUGGCCCACCCGGGCAAGGCGGACAAGGGCCCCUCGUGCGUCCGCUCCCCCAUCUCCACGGACGAGUGCACCAUCCAGGAGCUGGAGCAGAAGCUGCGGGAGAGGGAGGGCGCGCUGCAGAAGCUGCAGCGCAGCUUCGAGGAGAAGGAGCUCCUGUCCGGCCAGGCCUACGAGGAGCGGCCGCGGAGCUGCAGGGACGAGCUGGAGGGCCCGGAGCCCAAGGGCAGCAGCAAACUGAAGCCGGCCUCGCAGAAGAGCCAGCGCACGCAGCAGGUGUUGCACCUACAGGUGCUGCAGCUGCAGCAGGAGAAGCGGCAGCUGCGGCAAGAGCUCGAGAGCCUGAUGAAGGAGCAGGACCUGCUGGAGACCAAGCUCAGGGCCUACGAGCGCGAGAAGACCAGCUUCGCGCCCGCGCUGGAAGAAACGCAGUGGGAGGUGUGCCAGAAGUCGGGGGAGAUCUCGCUUCUGAAGCAGCAGCUGAAGGAGUCUCAGACGGAGGUGACCGCCAAGGCCAGCGAGAUCCUGAGCCUGAAGGCGCAGCUGAAGGACACCCGGGGCAGGCUGGAGGGCCUGGAGCGGAAGACGCAGGACCUGGAGGGCGCGCUGCGCACCAAGGGCCUGGAGCUGGAGGUCUGCGCCAACGAGCUGCAGCGCAAGAAGAACGAGGCGGAGCUGCUGCGGGAGAAGGUGAACCUGCUGGAGCAGGAGCUGCUGGAGCUGCGGGCCCAGGCAGCUGUGCAGCGGGACAGUGCAGCCCUGGGGCCCACCUUCGAGGACGUCCCUGCACUGCAGCGGGAGCUGGAGCGGCUGCGGGCCGAGCUGAAGGAGGAGCGGCAGGGCCACGAGCAGAUGUCCUCAGGCUUCCAGCAGGAGCGGCUGGUGUGGAAGGGGGAGAAGGAGAAGGUGAUCCACUACCAGAAGCAGCUGCAGCAGAGCUACCUGGCCAUGUACCAACGCAACCAGCGCCUGGAGAAGGCCCUGCAGCAGCUGGCCCGCGGGGAAGGCGCCGCCGAGCCCCUGGAGCUAGACCUGGACGGGGCCGACAUUCCCUACGAGGACAUCAUAGCCACCGAGAUCUGAGGCCGUCCACGGAGGGAGGGCCGGACACCUGGUGUGGGAGGCGUGCUGAGCCAGUUGGAAGAGGGCUGUCCUCCUGUCUGUCCUGCUCAGCAGUACAGGGCCCUGAGAUAAGCCACCCCCUGGGACAGGCCCAGGCCCAGGAGCCUGGAGGGAUGGGCAGGGGUGGUAAGAAGCCUUUCCUCCCCUUUCCCCCGGAGCAGGUCAGGCUCUGACUCCUUGGCCUUCCCAGGAGAAGGGGUCACUGUGCUUUGGUUAGGGGUGCCCUAAACCUUGGCCUUCAUUCAUCAUGGUGAGCUACCCUCCCCCAGGGAGGGGGCUGCUAUGGGGCCCAGUGGCCACGCCCGGGACUUCUCAUCCCAUCCACUUCUCAUCUGCAAACCUCGCCUUCCAUACCAGGACACAUGGAGAUGCCUUGGAAACAAAAGGAAGCCAUCUGUGACCAGAAGCCUUGGACUCCGGCCCCAUCGUCACCUGAACGGUGCCUCUGGCCACAGAGGUGUCUGAGGUGGAGUGGGGUGUGCGGAACUUGGGUCGGUACGUCAGAGCCAGCCUGCCCUGGCGAGGCAUGGAAAGGAGGGGAAGCUGAGCAGCUGGGCAGUGCAGACUGGCAGGGCCCAGAGGGCUUGGGGGCAGAGCUGCACAGUGACCCGGGGUAGCACCGGCCUGCCCGGGCUCCAGUGUCCGUUGCUGGUUUCUGCUUGCUGGAGCUGAGCGGCCUCUGAACAGCUGGCGGCCUUGGACCUCAGUGACCACUCUUCUUAAAGCCAUAGACACUGAGGGCCUGGGUGGGUGCUGGGAAGGGACGUUGAAAGCUCCAUGGGUGACGCGAGGGUGUGGCUUCCCGGGAAGAGCCCUCUGACCUUUCCAGCUGGGACUAGAGGCAAGGGUUUCCCCUCCUAGUUCUGGAAUGAGUUUCCCUCCCGAGAAGCAAGCUUUUGGAUUCGGUUCCCCCUGCAUCUACCCGUGGGUGCCGCAGCCUGCCUCCCACUGGCAUCUUGCUAAGUUCCCAGACUUUACAGGCCAGGGUGUCCCCAGAUGCCAGUGGCCAGAGCCCCAGGCAGGGAACAGAGAGCAUCCACAGAGCCUUAUGAACAGUCCCCGGGCCACCAGCUGUCCCCGGCCACCUGAGCCCCACACUAACAGUCAGAGAGCAGCAGGCUUUUGCUUUCUCACUCAGGCCAGGCCAGACUGUGGGGAGAGACAAGAGGAGGCUUCUGUCGUUUGGCUCAGGGAUUUUUUUUUCCUUCUUUUUUUUUUUCCUUUCCAUCUUUCCUGAAGCAAGCCAGAGCUAGCAGGCAGCCAGGCUGUUUGGUUCUAUUUUUGACUGUAGCUGCAGCUGCUGUUCUCAGGACAGACACGGACUGAUUCCUGCCCCGCACGCCUGCCUGUGGGGGCUCCCUGGGAGGAGGGGUGGGGACCAAGCCCACUGCGGCCCCCCUUCAGGCCCCAGGUAGGACCCUAGGGCUUCCCUCCUGGGCCACCACAGCCCCUCCCUGCGUGUGGGCUGACGGUGGGGUGGCCACCUUCCCCGGUGGCAGGUCUGCUCCUCAUAUCCCCAGGUCACGCUGCGCCUGUCUGCUGUCCCCACAUGACAGGUUUUCUGGAAGUUUGAACCAUGGCUCUUAGUCACAGGCUCCAUUUAAACCUGGAAUCUACAAGCUGAAAGCCUGCUGCCUGCCCUCGCGUUCCUGGCUCUAGGCCUGCGGGCCCUCCGCUCCCACCAGCCUGUGCCUUGUAGGAGUCCCGCCUCCCCGUGACACUGCCCACACAGAGAGACAGGGGUUGCCGCUGCCCCAGGCUGGAAACACCCACACCCCUGGGGAGAGUGCCCGGAAGCCCAGAGCUCCCCACUCCAGACCUGGCCCAAUGGGAAUAGCCUUCCCCACCUGCCUGCUGCCCUGCCCCGCCAGUCCAGCACUGAGGCCGCAGGAGGCACCAAGUGGCUGUAGAAUGUGGGUCUCCUCUAACAUAGUGACCUCGCUGUCCUGCAGGCCUGCUCGCUGCCCCUCCUCACUGUGCUCAGACCACCCCAGCUCCAGCUCCUGUGGACAGCUGGGCUGGGCAGAGGCUGGGGAGGCAGGCGCAGGCCAGGGAAAGCUCUGCCUGCCCAACCACUCCCCUGGCGUGCUCACCCACUCACAGACGCUCCCUCUCCAAAGGGUGCCUGGCCUGAAAAUGCUCCACCCUCAGCACCACCUCAGCAAGGAAGGGACUAUGCCCUGGCUGUGGGGAACCACUCUCCCGCACCACCGCAGGGCAUGUUCGGGGCUCCUGUGGGGCACACUCGGCCGGCCGACCCCAGCACGGAGCUCACAGGCAUCUCCUCGAGAAGGUCUCACUGAACCUCUUGUCCCUGGGUCCAGCCUGGGGCACCCCAUGGUGACAGUCACCCCAGCCAGCCGGGUGGGGCUGUGGGAAUGCCCCAGGCUGGGGAGCCGGCCCUCCCCUCCCACCUUUCGGGACUUCCACAGCUCUACGGCCGGGCAGGGACCUUAGCAGCGGCUGGCCCGGAGGCACCAGAGUUCGGAAGGACAUGUACAUAGUCAUUUUUCUCCUUGAUGUUUCUUAUUUGGUUUGCUUUGCUUUUGACAGCUUUAUUUUAUUUUU